AGCAGAGGCCACAACGACGACGAUGAUGCGUGGAAGCGACGACAUCUGACGAAGCAAACGGAUGAAGUAUCAGCGGAAGGAACAUUCCCUUGUUGGUAACUGCUAAAAAUGAUAGUUUUGCUGGGCCCAACGGGGUGAAGGUGUUUAACCGAGGGAGGGGGUUGGAGAAAGAGCGAGAGGAAAGGGUCGACCCACUGGAGUGGCGCUGCAACCAUCGGGGGGUUCGUUUCUAGGGUUUUCUUAAGCCUUGCCACCCUACAAAGCUCUCUUCCCACACAGCCGCCACAGUUUUCUUCACCUAUUGCUACUGUUCGUUCUCUCCCAUCUCGCCACCUUCACACUGAGCUCGCCGGCUCGUCUGCCUUGGUGCCCCUGUCACGAUGGCUGGACUGGUCAUUCACUCCCAGAAAGUCAACAAGAACUCAUACAAGAGUUUGAUUGCCGCCGAGUAUGUCGGCGUCAAGGUGGAAAUCGUCCCUGAUUUCCAGAUGGGAGUGACCAACAAGUCUCCCGAGUUUUUGAAGAUGAAUCCCAUUGGAAAGGUUCCAGUGCUUCAGACGCCCGAGGGACCCAUAUUCGAGAGCAACGCUAUGGCUCGCUAUGUGGCUAACAAGAAGGACGUAGGCCUUGUCGGUUCAUCAGCCUACGAAAAGGCCCUUGUCGAGCAAUGGAUCGACUUCGCCACCAUGGAGAUUGACGUCAACGCCGGAGGAUGGGUUUAUCCUCGUCUUGGAUUUGGGCUUUACAAUGAGGAGGUAGAGGCAUCGAAAAUCAGCAACCUGAAAAGAGCAUUGACCUUCUUGAACGCACACCUUGCUUCCCGAACAUACUUGGUCGGCGAAUCUAUCACACUCGCCGAUAUCGUUCUAACCUGCAACAUGAUAGUGCUCGUGAAGUUGGCCGCCACGAAGGAAUUCACGUCUGAAUUCCCCCACGUAGAGAGAUACUUCUGGACGCUAGUCAACCAACCAAACUUCAAGAAAAUCAUUGGGGAAGUCAGCCAAGCUGCCCAGCCUUUGGGACCACCCCUUGCUCAGGACGCGAAACCUGCGGCAGCGGUGACAGCAGCUCCGAAAGAAUCUGCUCCCAAGCAGAAAAAAGAGAAGGCUGCGCCAGCCCCUAAGCCUGCGUCUGCACCUGCACCCGCACCCGAGUCUGUGGACGAUGAGGAGGCUGCCCCAGUGAAGAAAGCAAAGAAUUCUCUCGAUUUACUCCCACCCAGCCCAAUGGUUUUGGAUAACUGGAAGCGUCUGUACUCGAACACUAAGGCGAAGGAUUUCCACUUGGCAAUUAGCGGUUUCUGGGAGAUGUUCGAUGCUGAAGGUUACUCAUUGUGGUUCUGUGAUUACAAGUACAAUGAUGAAAACCAAGUUACGUUUGUGACCAUGAACAAGGUUGGAGGAUUCCUUCAAAGAAUGGAUUUGAUGAGGAAAUACGCUUUUGGAAAGAUGUGCAUCCUUGGCGAGGAAGCCCCCUACAAGAUCAAGGGAGUCUGGCUCUUCCGGGGACUAGAGAUGCCCCAGAUGGUUUUGGAUGAGGUCUAUGAUGCCGAGCUUUACGACUGGACCAAGGUUGAUAUCAACAACGAAGAGCAGAAGGCACUUGUGAAUGCCUACUUUGAAGAGCCUGACACGAUCCAAGGCGAAAAGCUCUUGGAGGCCAAGUGCUUCAAGUGAUUUUUUCGCUUGUGGCAUCUGAGUAGGACCUGUUGUAGCACCUAUUUGCAUCUUUGCAGUUUUGAUUAGUGAGUAGAAUCUUGUCCUCAUUUUUGGAGUAAAUCUGGGUUGAGAUUGACAUCUGAAAAUACAAUGUGAGCAUGAGUAAACCACGCUGGCCUGUGGCCGCCUGACCAUACAAUUCCGACUAUUGUGGCUUGCGUUUUU